AUAUACAUAUGUGUAUAUGGUCUCUUCGUUGGCGUGUGUUAAAUAAUAUUCUAGUACUCUUGUCUAGAAAUUAAUUAAUUGCAGUAAUUCUAGCAUUACGAUGGUUCGAAUAACCCAUUUCCAAUUCAUUUUAUUUCUUCUUUCAUUGUUAUACUUCAAUUGCAGUUCAGAAAUGCAGGGAGAUUUUGACAAGUGGAUAUCUUGGAACGUGAAGGAUUACCAGAAAAAGACAAUUUUGGAAAACAAAUUGAAAGUACUCAGUGCAACUGAACAGGGUCUUGAUUUGAAGCUGAGGCAAGCUGAGAGUAAAAUAGUUAGAAUCACAGUUAACCAAAAUGGUACUGCUGAUUUCAAAACCAUUACAGAAGCUAUUAAUAGCAUUCCACUAAACAACACUAGAAGAUAUAUUGUGUCCAUUGCACCGGGUACUUACAGGGAGAAAAUUACAAUCCCCAAAAAAAAGCCGUUCAUAACAUUCUUAGGGGACGCGAUGGACCGACCAACUAUUACUGGAAAUGAUACAAAGGGUAUGAUUGGAAGAGAUGGGACUGAAUUGAAGACAUUCAACACUUCAACAGUUGCUGUGGAAGCUCGGUAUUUUAUUGCCAUCAACAUUAAUUUUGAGAACACUGCUAGGCAUGACAAUGCAUCAAAAGAGGAACAAGGUGUUGCGCUUCGUGUGUCUGCAAACAAAACCGCUUUUUAUAAUUGCUCUUUCUAUGGGGCUCAAGACACUUUAUAUGAUCACAAAGGCCUUCACUACUUCAAAAAUUGCUUAAUUAAAGGCACUGUUGAUUUCAUCUUCGGCUAUGGGAGGUCCUUUUACGAGAAUUGCCAUAUACACAGCACAACGAAGACGAAGUCCUACAUCACUGCUCAAAGGCGUUCGAAGAAUACGUCAAUGGCGAGUGGAUUUUCCUUUAAAAAUAGCAAGGUAACAGGUAGUGGACAGACUUAUCUUGGAAGACCAUGGGGAAAUUAUUCAAGAGUUGUUUUCUCUUACACCUACAUGGACAAUACUAUUCUUCCCGAAGGAUGGUCUGAUUGGAAUCACGAACACCGUUACUUGAAUGCAUAUUAUGGAGAGUACAAGUGUAGUGGGCCUGGCUCCAACUUAUCGGAAAGAGUUCCGUGGGCUCGGAAUCUAACGGACCAAGAGGCCCAGCCUUUUCUUGGGACCCAUUUCAUUGAAGGCAACACUUGGCUCAUUAGCCCUUCUAAUUCAUCAUCCACCUACUUCUGAAAUUUAACAAUUUAUCAAUAAUGCUUCGUAAUUUACAAAUAAUAAUUUCCAUUUCUACAAUUAAUUACUAGAAUAUUAAACAAUUACAUACAUGUUAGUAGUACUUGCAUGUUUAUUUUCAUCAAUUAUUCAUUAUGAAUAUGUGCAUUGUUAACCGUCUU